GUAUUUAUAAGGGAUGCGACACCGGCGCAGCAAUCCCUACCCAGAAGCUUCUGCUGCGAUACAGGUCUCGUCCUGAGACCUCAAACAUCAACCCAGUGAAACAGGUCGCAGUUGCACGAGGUCAGCGCGGAGCGCUGUUGGCUGCGCGCGGUCGGCUUCACGACCUGCCCUGCCCCUCCGCCACGUGAGGAGACAGUUCAGUCGGCCGCCGCUGCUCGCCGCCCGAGCCCGCACAGUCCUGUCUUAAAGAGUCGCUGCCAUGGCUGAGGACGCCGCUGCGGGACUCAUGCUGCCCGGACUGCGCUUCGGCUGGCUGGACCACAUGGUGUUCGGACUCAUGCUGGCAGUCUCCCUGGUCGUUGGCGUCUACUUCGGCGUGUGCGGCCGGGCCAAGAACACCGCCAAAGUGGAUUACCUGCACGGCGGCAAGAGUAUGAGCGUCCUGCCGGUGGCCGUGUCGCUGGUGGCCAGUCACAUAUCUGGAAUAACUCUGAUGGGAGUACCUUCUGAGAUCUACCUGUACGGGACACUAUACGGCCUGGUGGUUAUUUCUACCGUACUCACCUGCCUCAUUGUCAACUGGUUGUACCUGCCUGUCUUUUUCGGCUUGCAGCUCACGUCUACAUAUGAGUACCUGGAGCGGCGCUUCAACAGAGAGACGCGUCUGCUCGCGUCCUUCCUGUUCACCCUGCAGCAGGUGCUCACCAUUCCGCUCUUCGUCUACGUGCCGGCUCUCGCCUUCAACCAAGUGUCUGGCGUCAGCGUACAUCUUAUAACGCCCGUAGUGUGCAUAGUUUGCAUUUUCUACACCAUGCUGGGUGGGCUGAAAGCGGUCGUCUGGACGGACUUCCUGCAAGGCCUGGUGAUGAUCGCGGCCUGCUUUGCAGUUAUCAUCCUAGGCUGCCAGCUGGUGGGUUCCCCGGUGCAAGUGUGGAACAUUUCCGACGAGGGCGGCCGCAUACGUAUCUUCGAAAUGAAUCCAAGCCCAUUCGUACGGAACUCCUUCUGGACCAUUGUCCUCGGGACGACAGCAAACUGGUUGACAGUCUGCGCCAUCAACCAGGGCUCCAUGCAGAAGUUCCUGUCGGUGCCCAAUCUGCGUAGCGCCAGGAUCUGCUUGUUUGGUUUCGGUGGAGGCAUAAUCACAAUGAAAGCGAUCAGCGUGUUCACUGGCCUGCUAAUAUAUGCAACGUACCACAACUGUGACCCUAUAUCGGCAAAGGCGAUAUCGAGGCCGGACCAGCUGCUGCCCUACUACGUGAUGCAGGUCUCCACGGCUGUGCCUGGACUGCCCGGUCUGUUCGUCGCUGGUAUUUUCAGCGCAGCCCUAAGCUCCAUGUCUGGGUCUCUCAACUCCCUGUCCGGUACCAUUUACGAAGACUUCGUGCUGCCGCGCGUGUCUGACAAAAUAUCAGACGAGAAGGUGAACUUCAUCAUGCAGGGCAUAGUGCUGGCAGUGGGCGUCAUAUGCGUGGCACUCGUGUUCGUCGUCGAGAAGCUUGGAACAGUGCUCGAGCUGGGCUAUAGCAUCGCAGGCGUGACUUCCGGUGCACUCCUCGGGGUCUUCACGCUGGGUAUGCUGUUCCCCUGGGCCAACGGAAAGGGCGCUAUCGCCGGAGGCCUGGCUAGCAUGGUGCUGGUGUCGGUGAUCCUGGUGGGAGCGCAGAACGCUAUGGCCACUGGCACCAUAGUCUACCCAUGGCUGCCCACCACUACAGACGGCUGUGCGGCCAACGUCACAGCUGGUGUGUUCACCAGCACAACCCCAAGGCCAGAGGCGGCGCCGGCGGAGGCGCCGCUGCUGUUCCAGAUCUCGUACAUGUACUACACGCUGUUGGGCGCGAUCGCCGCCAUCGCGGUGGGUCUGGCGGUCAGCUUCUGCACGGGCGCGCGCCGCCCCUCAGACGUGGACCCGGCGCUGCUGUCGCCGCCCGUGCGCUUCCUCUGCCGGCCGCCCCGGCACUACACCGGCGGCGACGCCGCGGCGGCUGUGGAGCUGCUGGCGCCGCCCACCGCCCCCGCAGCAGGCAAAAAGCACAGCGGCGGCCGCCGCGGCUCCGGCGCCGGCUGACCCUGUGGGCCGGAGUUCCUGCCCGCGCUGCGGCAGCCACUUUCACGAAACGUGCUCUGCGGAGCCGUACCGUACCUGAACCACGGACUGCACUCCACCGAUGAGCCUUAAACUAAAUUCCGUAUUUGGAAUGUCUUUGAAAUGUAUUAUGUACUUACUGAACGGUACAGACUAAAUACUCAGAAAUAAAUCCUUUUUCAUGUGC